GUGGGCACAUGUCAUGCUUGAUGUACCAUAUACAUACAGGAAUGGUGAGAAUGAUUCUACUACUAUUGUACUUUAUUCAAGAAAGUAACUAUAUGACAUACGUUUUAUCUUAACGGCAUUAAGGAGCAUGAUUUAAAUAGACAAAUGUUGAUAACAUAAUGAAAUUUAACAAUUUUACUUUUGUAUUUAAGUUGAAAAACGAUAAAAUUCUUUUAUUUGUAUAAGACUUCAUCUAAUGCCAAAUGAACAGUAAUAGCGCGUCAAUACCGAGAAAGGAGAAGAAAUUAACCAAUAAAAAUAACUCGAAGAUUCUUAUUAAAUUUUUUUUUGCAUAUACACAAAUCUCAAUGUGUAAAUGUUCAGUAUAUUUUCUCAAGAAAUAAUUCCUUAAAUCAUUCAUUAAUAAAGUGCAUAAGCGUUACAAAAGGUAAGUAUAUAACGGUGUCACCAGGCAACAUAAAGAGAAAAAAAUCGUGAGAUGAAAUAUGGAAGGAGAAGAAGAAAAAAGAAAAAAAAAAGCUCAUUUACAUAGUUAAAUGCAAACACAUGUCAAACAAUUUUUUUCUAUUUAAUGUAUAAAAGAAAUGAGAAGUGUCGAAGACGAAAAUAUACUCAAAGAUAUUUGUGAUUCAAAUGGAAUUAAUUACAAUGCAUUGCAUCGUAAUCAUAAUGGAAUUGAUUCAAAUGUUCAAGUGCUCGAAAUGUUUUUUUCGGGUUUACCUCGUCUUAUAACUCUUCAAUCAUUUCCAAAUUUAAUAAAACUCGUUAUUGUUAAUCAAAAUAUCGAACGUAUAGAAGGUUUAGAAACAUGUAUUAAUUUACAAGAACUUUGGAUUACGGAAUCAAAGCUUACACAAAUUGAAGGUCUGAACAGAUGUAUCCACCUUCAACGUUUAUAUUUGUACGCCAACGCAAUAAAAACAAUCGAACGUCUUGAUGGAUUACAACGACUCGAACACCUGUGGCUUAAUGAAAAUCUAAUUACGAAAAUCGAGGGAUUAUCCGGUGCAAAACAUCUAAAAGAUCUCAAUCUUGCGUCAAAUCAAAUUAAAUUUAUUGGUACAUCACUUGCUGAAAAUACUGAACUUCAAGUAUUAAAUCUUGCUGAUAAUAAAAUAAGUUCAUUUCAAGAUAUUACUAUAUUAACAGCAUUACCAAAAUUACGGAAUAUUGCUUUUAGUGAUCCUGUUUAUGGAGCGAAAAGUCCGGUUGCUUCAAUGGCAAAUUAUCAUGUUCAUAUUUUAUAUCAUUUACCACAUCUUGAAUAUAUUGAUGGAUUACAUAUAUCUACACGACAAGUUGCUGAACAAGCGGAAGCUACCGUAACAAAAAAGAAAAUGUGGUAUCAUAUGAAAUCGAAAACAUUAGAACGUGAAUAUGAUGAAUUUGAAAUACGAUUAAAACAAUUACGGAAAAAAAAUGAACAUGUACCAGAAGAACAUACACGAUUAUUAAUGAAAUGUCUUCAACAUUACAAACAAGAAUUACAUGUACCAGAAACAAAUCAUCGAGCACGUACUGCUACUGGUGAUCAUAAUAAACGUGAAAAAUUCGAAAAACAAAUUGAACUUCUACGACAAAGAUUAGUUAUUUGGCAAAAUAUUUUAAAUAGUCUGAAUGUUCAAUAUGAUAUUGCACAUUUUAUUUUACUUCAACAAAAAGCUCAACUUGCAUCACGUAUUCAAUUAGAAUUGAUUAGUGGAGGAAAUAUUCGUUUUGAAGAAGGAACUGUUAAUGAUGUUUGGUAUAAUGCUGCGAAAGAUCUUCUUCUUUCACGUUUUUGUUCAGCAAUCUAUAAUCGAUAUAAUAUAACUGGUAUUAAAAUUCAUCGUAUAACGCGAUUAUUUAAUCGACCGAAGAAAUUACAAUUUGAUCAUAGUCUAGAUUUUAUUCUUGACGAUGAAGAAGAUUCUGCAAAAACAAAGUCAAUUCAAUCGAAACUUGAAUAUCUAUUCUAUAAUACACAACCAUUACGUCGUGAUCAAAAUAAUCAUAUGCAUCAAUUUACAACUAUAGAAUCUAUUUGCGAACAUGGAUUUCCAAAUACUGAUAUAUAUAAACAAUUGAAUCAUGAAGAAGCUGUAACGUUUUCAAAUUCACUUGCUGUAUGUGAUUAUCCUCGAAUUGAACAAGCCGGUUCUCAUAAUCGAGAUAAAUAUCGUUUUGGUAGCGUUCUUUUGGCAAAAGUGUAUAUUGGUUCCUCAACAACGGCACAAGCAAAAGAAUUACCAUUUCCAGAAUACAAAGCAGAUUCAAGUAUAACUCCUAAAAAUUAUCCAAAUUAUGCUAGUUUAUCUCGUCAUGUUUCUUUUCCUGAACGUAUCGUUUCAAAAACAGAACAUUGUGAUUGCGGAGCUCAACAACAACAAUGGUUUAUAUUUGAUCCAUUACAUGCCUAUGCUGAAUAUAUAAUUGAAUAUGAAUAUUUAUUUUCUGUUGCAAAUAAUACACUUAGUGAUCAAAUAAGUCGAAUAAAACUUGGAAAAAUGGAUGAAACAACUGUUACAACAUAUGUUGAUGAAAUAAAUCAUGAUAAUUAUAUAUUACCAUCAAAAGAUGAUGAACUUCCACCAAAAAUAAAUGAAUUAACAGAAGAAAGUCUUUUACAAAUAACUCAUGAAAAAACGUUAUCGAAUAUCAUUGAACUUAAUUUAGCUUGUUGUAAUUUACAAUCAAUAAAAAUAUUAUCAAAUUUAAAAAAUCUUCGUUCAUUGAAUUUAGCUUUCAAUGAUUUAGUUAAAUUAGAUGAUUUAUGUUAUUUUUAUUCACUUGAAUCAAUUGAUUUAAGUUAUAAUAAAUUAAUUACAUUAGAUGGAAUAAAAGGUUUAACGAAAUUAACAUAUUUUAUUGCAACAAAUAAUUUUCUGAAGAAAUCUUUGGAUGAAAUAUUAAUAUUGAAACGUUAUUGUCCAAAUAUAUUAAAUCUUGAUCUUCGUGGAAAUCCAUUUGAUAAACUCGAAAGCUAUCGUGCUCGUACUCUUGCAUUGUUACCUACUUUAGUGGCAAUCGAUGGUACAAAUGUAACUCCUGAUGAACGUGAACAAGCUGAACAAUGUCAGCCAGAUCAAUCAUGUUCUCUUGACAAUUUAAUUCUACAUAGUCGUACUUAUCCACAUCGUCCUCGAGAUUUACGUAGUUAUUUUAUUGCUAAAUAUUAUGAUAUCUAUACUAAUGAUCCUCUUGGUGUUCAUCAACCGAAAAUUGAUGAUACUUAUUGGAUGUCAAAAGUAACAAGUUUAUGUUUAAAUAAUAUUUAUCUAACACACUUACCUGAUCUAUCGAAUAUGCUUUGUUUACGUUGGGCAUCAUUUGAUAAUAAUUGUUUAAUAAAAAUACAAGGUCUUGAAGGACUUGUUAAACUAGAAGAAUUAUCAGUUGAAAAUAAUUUCUUAACAGCACUUGAUGGUAUUGAAAAUCUAUCGAAUUUAAGUCGUUUAAAUGUAUCUAGAAAUGAUAUAACUGAUAUUAAUGGACAUAUUAUAAAUAAUCUUAUAAAAUUAUCCUAUCUAGCUAUUGAUCAUAAUCGAUUACAUAGUCUAGCAAAAUUAAGUGGAUGUUUAACAUUAAUCGAAUUGUAUGCUGGAAAUAAUUUAAUUAAAAAUAUUCGAGAUAUUUUUCAUUUAAAAACACUAUCAAAUUUACUUAUAUUAGAUUUAUGGGGUAAUCCAAUAUGUCAUGAAGCAGAUAAAUAUCGAUUAUUUAUUAUUUAUCAUUUAAAAACAUUACGAGCUUUUGAUGGAUUUGCAGUUGAAAUUCAAGAGAGUGGUGAAGCUCGAGAAGCAUUUGGUGGAAAAUUAACACCGGAUUUUAUUGUAGAAAAAUUAGGACAUAGUGAUUUUUCAGACAUCAAAAAUCUUGAAUUACCGCAAAGUUCGAUUCGUGGUGUUGAAUUAAAUGCACAAUUUCCUGCACUUAAAUGUAUCAAUCUUGAACAUAAUCAGUUGACGAAUUUUUCCGGUCUUAUUCAUUUACCGAAUUUAAAAGUACUUUGUUUGAACUAUAAUCGUGUUGAAAGUAUUCUUCAUCGACCAACAAAACCUCGACUUGAUCAUCGAGGGAAACCAAUAAUAGAAAAUGUUGAUAAUAGAAUUGUGUUAGAAAAUCUUGAAGUUCUUCACUUAGCUUAUAAUAAUAUUUCUGAUCUUGCUGCACUUCAAUUAAAUAAAAUUCCAUCAUUACGAUCUUUAUUUCUUCAAGGAAAUGAAAUAACAAAAGUUGAAGGUCUUGAAGCAUUACGUAAUUUACGUGAAUUAGUGUUGGAUAAAAAUAAAAUUCGUGUUAUAACUGAAACAUCAUUUUUCUAUCAAACAAAUCUUGUUGAAUUACAUUUGGAAGAAAAUCGUAUUCGAGAAUUAGCAUUUUUUGAUCGAAUGAUUAAAUUAGAAAAACUCUUUUUGGGUUCAAAUAAAAUUCCAGAAACAAUUGAAAUAGAAAGAUUAAAUCAACUUCUUUGUCUUAAUGAAUUAUCUUUUAUUAACAACCCGGUGUCUCGUAAAUCAUCUUAUCGAUUUUUUGUUAUGCAUAAAUUACCACAAAUACAGAUACUCGAUGAACAACUUAUUUCCGAAGAAGAACGAUUUAGAGCGGAAGUUUAUUAUGCAGAAAAUUUGCAACAGAAUGUAUCAUCAGCAAAUUUAAGCGAAUAUUUUCCUGGCUUUCUAACUACUAAUCAACAACCACCACAACAAUCUCAACUACUACAACAACAACAACAACAGCAACAGCAACAACAACCCAUGCGAAUAAAUCAAAUAGCGUUUAAUGAUGGGUUUGGUAGUUCAUUUUUAAUUGAUCAAAUUCGUCAUCGUCAAAUGCAAAUACGUGCAGCAGCUGCUAAUAUAAAUAAUCCAAAUGGAAAAAUGAAUAAUGCGCAUUUAUUCAAUGAAAUAAAUCAUGAACGAAAGAAACUUGGUAGAAAAAUCUUUCAAAUUCAUUUAACAUUACAAUUUGCUGCUGAAAAACGUUGUUCAAAUCAAGAUGAAUUAAUUGAAACAUAUGAAAAAAUGAUGUUAAAAUUAUAUAAAAAUGAUGAUUGGCCUAAACAAGAACAACUUAAUAAAAUUUUUCCAUAUGUUAGCGAAACCAUUUAUUUGAAUGGGCUAAAUAUUCGUGAUGAAAUUUUUUAUAAAUCAUUUUUUAUUUCAAAUUUCUAUCGAACAAAUUUUGUUUAUAUUGGUAUUGCGAUGUAUCAACAUAAAAAUUUUUCUGCUAGAUGUGUUCUUUAUGGAUCAGCGAAUAAUUUCACAUCAAAUCAUCAACGAAUUCUUCGUCUUCUUUAUAUUCUUAUUAGUUGUGGAAUAAUUUUACUUAGUUUAAUUAUUUGUAGUAUUAUAAAUGAUCGACGACAAGCAAAAUUAAAACAAGAAAUAAUGGAUGAUAAACAUACGAUAGUUCCGAAGAAAUCUGUGACUGUAUUUAUUGAUAGAGAUCGGAAAUCAUCAUCAAAACGAGGAGAUAUCAAUCGAAUGACAAUGGCACGCUUAGAUUCUAUGACUGAUAAUGAACGUUCAUCAGCUGUUCAUAGUUUUUCUCAAAGUUCAAAAUAA